AAAGAUUAAGAAAGGAUAUUAAUGGAGAGAGGAAUGAACAAUGGGCAAUCACUCUGGCACUCUCAGUCACCGAAAACUCCAACGACGAUGCUAGAUCGGGCUCUUUCCUCUCGCCGUCCUCACUCCGACGCCGAUCUCUCUGCUUCCGGCGAAUCUGGAACCGACGAAUCUAAAACCAAACGGCCACACAUCUACCUCCUUGCUUCCAAUUUCCUAUCUCGGAUCGGUCAUCAGUGGUGGCCUUGUCUCAUUCUCGCUCUCCUCUUCCUCGUCCUUCUCUUCCUCAUCUCCGUCGCUUUCCAUUCUCACAGCUUUGUUUGCAUCUCCCGCUUCGAUCCCGCUGCUCGGAUCGGGUUUUUCGGUCUUGACGGGCUUGAAUCGGAUUUUGGUGCCCUAGGUGUUCCUUGGUGCAGAUCGAAACAUGGAAAAGAAGUUGAGUGGACAUCCAAAGAUUUACUCAAGGGUCUAGAAGAGUUUGUGCCUAUAUAUGAAACACGGCCGAUUAAGAACAACAUGUAUGGAAUGGGUUUUGAUCACAGCUUUGGGUUAUGGUUCAUGGCCCGUUGGCUAAAGCCAGAUCUGAUGAUUGAGAGUGGUGCUUUUAAGGGACAUUCCACUUGGGUUCUGCGUCAGGCGAUGCCAGAUACACCUAUGAUCUCACUUACUCCCAGGCACCCUGAGAAGUACCUGAGAAAGGGACCUGCCUAUGUGGAUGGAAACUGCACAUACUUUGCUGGCAAAGAUUUUGUUGAUUUUGGAAGUGUUGAUUGGAAAAAUGUGUUGAGAAAACACGGAAUAACAGAUCUCAGCCGUGUUAUUGUCUUCUUUGAUGACCAUCAGAAUGAGCUCAAAAGGCUAAAGCAGGCACUAAAAGCUGGUUUCCGACAUCUCAUUUUCGAGGAUAAUUAUGAUACAGGAACCGGGGAUCACUAUUCCCUGAGACAGAUAUGUGAUCAGUCAUAUAUAAGAGGAGGCGGGCACAGCUGUUUCAAAGACAGCGAUGAAGCUAGGAUGAGAUCAAAGAGGAAGAAGUUCUGGGAAAAAGCAGUUGAUACAGAGGAACUGUGCGGACCAGGGGAAACAUGGUGGGGAGUUAAAGGAGAAAUGAGAGACGAUUUCAACCACACCAACACACCGAUCUCAUACAAUCAGCAUUUUCAAAACAGUCGCUACGUUGAAUCGAUUCUCGACGUCUAUUGGGAGCUACCUCCAGUUGCAGGACCUUCAUUAACCCAUCAAUCGCGAUAUGACCCAGCUCGUGCAACUCCACCGAUAGUAGCAGAUGGCAAGCACCGUUUGUUCCAACGAAUCGGUUUAGGUCGGCUUGAUAAGUCAGUGUUCAAUGGGUAUACUCAAAUGAGAUGGAGGAACACGGCUCUACUCGUUAUCGAUAUGCAGAAGGAUUUCAUAGAGGAAAGUUCAAUGAUUCGAGUGAAAGGAGGAAAAUCUAUAGUUCCUAAUGUUAUUAGAGUCGUUGAACUCGCGAGGCAGCAUGGUAUUCUCGUAAUUUGGGUUGUUAGGGAACAUGAUCCUCGAGGAAGAGAUGUUGAGAUAUUCAGGCGUCAUCAUUACAAUUCUGAUCAAGUCGGACCAACUGUUAAAGGCACUGUAGGAGCAGAAUUAGUUGAUGGAUUGAUCAUCAAGGAAGAAGAAGACUAUAAGAUUGUGAAAACUCGUUUUAGCGCCUUUUUUAGUACCAAUCUUCAUUCCUUCUUGCAAACUUCUGGGGUUACCAAGUUAGUGAUUGCUGGUGUUCAAACGCCGAAUUGUAUCCGGCAAACGGUUUUUGAUGCAGUGGAGCUGGAUUAUCCAAAUGUGACUGUUAUUACAGAUGCCACAGCUGCUGCAACACCAGAGAUCCAUACUGCGAAUAUUCUUGACAUGAAGAAUAUAGGAGUCAAGACUCCUACAUUACAUGAGUGGUCCGAAGAACUUGCUUGAGAAUUCACAUCACAAAUAUCAUCCUAAGAAGUCCUUUUAUCUUUCUUUUUCUUGUUUGUACAUGUAAUAAAGAAAAUAUUAAAUC